AUUACUCUCUAGAGCAAAAAUAGAAAGAAAAUAUGGACUUCUGCCGGAAUGUCUCAGUUUCAGGCGGGUUUCCGGCGAAUUACCAACCGGAGCAAAAGCUACUAUCUCCAUCUUUCAAUAAACUUGGCAGCCUUGAUGACCUCUUCUCAUGUCAUUCUAUGGAACAAAGUGAUAUUAACACAGAAUGGCUCUCAGCAUUUAUGGAAGAUUGUUUAUCAAGCAGUGGAAGUUGCCUUCCAUCAGUAAAACCCUUAAACCCUCCAAGUACAGCUUCUAAUGCACAACGUACAAACUCUCAAGAAGUACAAAAGAAACUCCAAAAUUAUUCCCUGCAUAAGCUUGUUGUACCUUGCAAAGCAAGAAGCAAAAGGAAAAGAAGCCAAUUUAAAAGUACAAGUCACUUAUGCUGGUAUUCUCGAGAUGACCGAGUGAGUCAGUGGUCCGUCAGUGAUCCAAUUUUCCGUUCGAGAAAAAACUUAUUCAGGUCUCAACAUUAUACAUACAACAAUGAUGAGUCACUUUUGCUACAUCAAGAUUAUUGGCUAGCAGAUAGUGAGCUUAUUUUGCCAACAAAAAGUACAAGUCAAAACUGCACAAAAGAUGAAGAUUACGGGCAGGGAGUGUACAAGCAAAUAAAGCAUGAAGAAGAAGAGGGCAGCAGUUUCGGGCAGGGUAGAAGGUGUACACAUUGUUUAUCUCAAAGGACCCCACAAUGGCGGGCAGGACCAGAUGGGCCAAAAACAUUGUGUAAUGCAUGUGGUGUAAGGUAUAAAUCGGGCAGGUUGCUGCCCGAAUAUAGGCCAGCCAAAAGUCCUAGUUUUGUGAGUUAUAAACACUCGAAUUCUCAUAAGAAAGUGUUGGAAAUGAGAAUGUGUUCAUCGUCUUCUUGUUGAAGAUGAAUAAGAUGCAAUAAUUUUAGUUAAGUUUAAAUCCAUUAUGUAAAAUAUCAAAUAUUUAGUAUUUGAGAUUAGUUACUAAUACUACUUUUACUUUUUAUAA